ACUUGUGUGGCUAUAGGUUAUUUAGCAGAUUUCAAGCAGACAUGGGCGGCACUUGGAUGUGUUUGUGUUUAACGUGUGAUUCAUUAACCGAGAAGCAGCGUCAAAUGGCGAAACCAUACGAGUUCAACUGGCAGCGGCCUGUUCCUCAUUUCAUGCAGGAAGGAGCAUAUUUUGACAGAUUUGAUGAGGAUCCGUUUGUCUUUGAGUCUAAUUGUUUUUUCAAAGUGGAUGCUUUUGGAUUCUUCCUGACGUGGAAAAGUGAUGGAAAGGAGGGUCAAGUAUUAGAGUUUUCCCUGAUCAACAGCAUACGAGACACCAGUGUGCCAAAGGACCCAAAGAUCCUGUCGGUGUUGGAGGCCGCGGGAAAAUGUGAGAGUAACCUGGAGGACAGAAUCGUCUGCAUAUGCAGCGGCACAGACCUCGUUAACCUGAGCUUCAUGUACAUGGUCAUGCAAAACAGCAGCACUGCCAAGCAAUGGACGGACAGCUUGCGGUCAUUGAUUCGGAACUCUCGAGCGAAUAACGUGUGUCCGAUGUCCUGCCUGAGAAAACAUUGGAUGCGGUUAUCAUUUUUGACCAAUGUGAAUGGAAAAAUACCUGUCAGGAGUAUCACACGAACCUUUGCCUCGGGCAAAACGGAGAAGGGCAUUUUCCAGGCGCUGAAGGAUCUCGGUUUACCCAGUGGAAAGAACGAUGAAAUCGAGCAUGAGAUCUUCACAUUUGACAAUUUCUACAGUCUUACGCAGAAGAUUUGUCCCAGAACUGAUAUUGAAGCACUGUUCAAGAAACUCAGGGGAGACAAAAGUGAUUAUUUAAGCGUAGACCAGUUAGUCCACUUUUUGAAUGAAAAUCAGAGAGAUCCGCGUCUGAAUGAAAUACUCUUCCCAUUCUUCGACUCUAAAUGUGCUUUCCAAAUCAUCCAGCGAUAUGAACCUGAUGACAAACUGAAGAGGAAAGGUCUGAUGUCGUGUGACGGGUUCUGCCGGUAUCUGAUGUCUGAUGAAAACGCUCCUGUGUUUCUGGACCGGCUGGAGGUUUAUCAGGAGAUGGAUCAUCCGCUGUCUCACUACUUCAUCAACUCGUCUCACAACACCUACCUGACCGGCAGACAGUUUGGAGGGAAGUCGUCAGUGGAGAUGUACAGACAGGUGCUUCUGACCGGCUGCAGGUGUGUUGAGUUGGACUGCUGGGAUGGAAAAGGCGAAGAUCAGGAACCCAUAAUCACCCACGGCAAGGCCAUGUGCACAGACGUCCUCUUCAAGGACGUCAUUCAGGGAAUUAAAGAAACGGCCUUCCUAACAUCAGUGUAUCCAGUGAUUCUGUCCUUCGAAAACCACUGCACGAAACAUCAGCAGUAUAAACUGGCACGCUACUGUGAGGACAUUUUUGGAGAUUUGCUCCUGAAACAGCCGUUAGAUGAUUUCCCGAUGGAGGCCGGAUCUCCGCUGCCGUCUCCAAAUGACCUCAAAGGAAAAAUCCUCAUCAAGAACAGAAGAUUAAAACCUGAAGUUGAAAAAAAACAGCUGGAGCACUUCAGGAAGCACAUGGAGGCCGGAGAGCCGAGCAUUUCCACGAACAUGUCUGAAGAUGAGAAUGAGGAGGAGACGUCCACCGCAGAGCUUCUGAACGAAGCUCAUCCCGAGCGGAUUCACGGAUGUCUGAUCACUGAGGAAGAGAAUCGUGAGGAAGAGACGCUCCGACCCAGAAAGACUGGUGAAACGAAUGUGGCUGAUGAACAAGCACUGAUUCAGUCGUACACAUAUGUGGCGGCCACUACUAACAUCCACCCGUAUCUGUCCAAUAUCGUCAACUACGCCCAGGCCGUCAAGUUCACCAGCUUUGAUGAAGCCGAAGAAAAAAAUAUCCAUCACAACAUGUCUUCCUUCAACGAGUCUGUCGGUUUGGGAUAUUUAAGGACAAACGCCAUUGAAUUUGUGAACUACAACAAACGGCAGAUGAGUCGCAUCUACCCCAAAGGAGGCCGAGUGGACUCCAGUAAUUACAUGCCACAGAUCUUCUGGAACGCCGGCUGCCAGAUGGUAGCGCUGAACUUCCAGACCCCAGAUUUGGCGAUGCAGCUCAACCAAGGGAAAUUUGAAUAUAACGGCUCAUGCGGGUUUCUGCUGAAGCCUGAUUUCAUGCGGCGGCCCGAUCGCAUGUUCGACCCGUUCUCAGAGACGCCGGUGGACGGAGUGAUCGCCGCCACCUGCAGCGUCCAGGUGAUUUCAGGCCAGUUUCUGUCGGAUAAGAAGAUUGGUACGUACGUGGAGGUGGACAUGUAUGGCCUGCCCACGGACACCAUACGUAAAGAGUUUCGCACGAGGAUGGUGAUGAACAACGGCCUGAAUCCCGUCUACAGCGGAGAAGCGUUUGUCUUCAGGAAGGUGAUCCUCCCAGACCUGGCUGUGCUGCGCGUGGCUGUGUACGACGACAACAAUAAGCUGAUAGGACAGCGCAUUCUCCCGCUGGAUGGACUGCAGUCGGGUUACAGGCACAUCUCCCUACGAAACGAGUACAACAAACCUCUGUCUCUGGCCACCGUCUUCUGCAGCAUCAUCCUCAAGACAUACGUGCCCGACGGCUUCGGAGCGAUUGCAGAUGCCCUAUCUGAUCCCAAGAAGUUCUUAUCGGUCUGUGAGAAAAGAACGGACCAAAUGAGAGCCAUGGGCAUUGAGAUGUCAGAUAUCGCCGAUGUGCCGAAUGACGGCUGGAUGGGAAACAGGAAGCGGAAGGGGAAUCCGGCAGCGAUGCUGCAGCAGAAAGACUCAGAGAGACUGAGAGCAGCGCCGGGACAGAACCCACUCAUCUGUUGCAAAGAGGAUACAUCAGUCCUCGCCCCUCAGCUGACCAUCGAUGACCUAAAGCAAACAAAGACCUACUUGAAGCUCGUCAAGAAGCAGCAGAAAGACGUGAGCGCUUUGAAGAAAAAGCAGGCGAAGGCCCACGUCGCACUGCAGAGCUCCCACUGCGCUCAAGUGGACAGGACUGUUGCUCAACAUGAUAAAGAGAAACAAGCGCUGGAGAAGCAGCUCGAGAAAAGCAUCAGGAAAGUGAGUGACAGUUACAGCCUUGAACUGAGCAGAGACAUCGAAAGGCAGAUCAAGACUUUAACGAGCAAUCACAAAUCAAAGGUGAAGGACAUGGUGGCCGGUCACGCGCUCGAAUGGGCAGAAAUGAUCAAAUGGCACUCGGCUGAAGAGCAGACUGUGAGAGAGCAGCAUGUGAUUCAGCAGUGUGAGACGCUCCGGAAACUCCUGCUGAUGGAGCACGAGCAGCAAACACAGCAGCUCUCGCUCCUCCAUGAGAGACAGAAUAAAGAGAUGCGAUCCAACCAAGCGAAGACCUCGAUGGAGAGCAGCAAAGCCAUCAGUCAAGACAAAAGCAUAAAGAACAAGGCUGAGAGGGAACGGAGAGUUCGAGAGCUUAACAGCACAAACACAAGGAAGUUUCUUACAGAAAGAAAAAGGCUCGCCAUGAAACAGUCCGAGGAGAGCGAGCAACUCCAGGCGGCUCUGCGGGAACAACUGGAGAGGCUGGAGAAACACAAUGAGGAGGCCAGAGAGACUCCGAGCAUGAAGACAGCAGGGAGGACAGAACAGAGCACUGAGCGAUCAAACCCACGGCCCGCUGCAGGUUCAUUACAGAUGAAACAGAGACACACUGCUGAUGACCACAGAAACAAAAACCACUUCAGAAAGACAGAUAAAACUUGCACAAACAAGACAGCACUGCAGGAAAUGAACAGUCAUGAGCAUCGCUGGCACGGAGCGACGUGUUUCAUUCUCAACCGCUCUGACUACAGCAAUGACCAUCUGAUCAUGAUUGGGACUAUUGCUUCUUUAAAAGCGUCUGAUUGCGGGCGGUUUCAUCAUUCACCCGGGUUCAAAUGUCUGCCGACCUCUUCACAUAAAACACACUGAGCCAAAUGAUCCGAAUGAAACAAUGAAACGUCUCUCCACAAAGGAAAUCACACUUGCGCUGUGAUGAACAGUGGAAGCAUGCAGUGCUGUAAGAGUUUCAUCAAUCUGACACUCAAACCAGCUUUCUGUCUGCUUCACAAUGUUGCCAUUAAGUUAUGAAGAUGUUUAUGAUGUCAUUUUUCAUUGGUUAUGUGAACAUUCCAUCAUUGUGCAAACAUUAUGAGAAUGUUAUUUUUAAAUGUACUCUGAACAUUCUAAAACAAGUUGUAACAUUUAAAAAAAAAAAUGUUACCUGAACAUCCAACUUGAAAUGUUUCUGAAAAACAAUCUAUAAAUAAUGUUUUUGUGGUAAAGUUUUGAGAACAUUAUGAUCAUUUUGAACGAACGUUCUAUUAACAUUACUGGAACGUUUGUUCGUAACUUUGAGAGAACCUUGCCAGAACGUUCUGAGAACAUUCUCAGUUAGCUGGGAAGAGAUCGAUCAUCUGAAUAACAUGCAUGUACACAGAUAACAAAAAAGUUCUUAAAACGUUAUGGAAACAUUCAUUUGAAAUGUUUAUAUAAUGUUAAAAUGUCCUGUUUUCUUGUUGCGUUUAGAACAUUAUUUAAAGGUUGCAAUAAGCUUAGUUCAACAUUCUCCUAAACUUAUUUGUACUCUAAUGUUCUCUGAAGGCAUUUGUAAUAUUCUAAAAAUGUUAAAAAGUCCUGUUUAAAGUUCAUCGUUCUCCUAACCUUAUAUUUACUCUCAAUAUAGCAUUCUCUGAAUGUUUAUUUGUAACAGUCUAAACAUUUUAAAAUGUCCAGUUUUCCUGCCGUUAUUAGAACUUUAAUUGUUACAAUAAUGUUCAGACAAUAUUCUCUUAACCUUAUUUGUACUCAGAAAUAACCUUAUGUGAGUGUUUAUUUGUAAUAUCUUAAAAACAGUACAGUUGUCUUAUCAUUAUUAGAGUGUUGUUUAAAGGUUACAAUAACAUUAUAUUAAUAACAUCAUAAGGAUGUUCUAAGAACAUUUUGUCUUAAUUAGAACAGGUAGAUUUUUGUUCUAAGAUUUACAUACUGUAGCUUUUACAAAAUGUUAGUGAAAGCUGUGGGAACGUUCUCUGUUAGCUGGAUGAAGUGACCAUGCAACGUUUUGUUUUGCUCAAAUUGUCCGUAUAGAUGAUCAAGUUUUUUUCACUCUCAGUCUCAAUUAGUGCUGAUUGUUUUUGGAUGCCAUAACAAAUGCAGGCUUCUGCUUGAGCAGUCAACAUGCUGUAAUAUACACUUACUGGCUCAUGUGUUUUCAGUCUCUGAAUUAGUCGUACAAUCGCUGAAGCAGAUUAUGAGUUAAUUGAGUGAAAAUGCUACGAGUGUUUAUGAUAUCUUAGUGUUUGAACAGCUGCUUUUAUGAUUUAAAUGUGUGUUUUUCCCUCCCACUGAAAUGAGCAUGAACACACGCAGCUGAAGGAAUUACAGCUGUACUGUGCUGGAAGCGAUAUUCCUGGUUAUUAACAAUCUAAUGUCAGUGUAAAACCUGUGUGUGUUGUCAUUUCAUCCAACUUUCCUGUUUACCGUGCGUUAUCAAGUCAAGUCACACUGGUAACACUUUAGAAUAGGGAACACUUAUUCACUAUUAACUAUGACUUUUCCCUCAAUAAAUUCCCGAUUUGCUGCUUAUUAAUAGUCAGUAAGGUAGUUGUUAAGUUUAGGUAUUGGGUAGGAUUAGGGAUGUAGAAUAAAGUCAUGUAGAAUAAGGCAUUAAUGUGUGCUUAAUUACUACUAAUAAAUGGCUAAUAUUCUAGAAAUAUGCAUGCUAAUAAGCAACUAGUUAAGAGACCCUAAAAUAAAGUGUUACCGUCACACUUUAUUGCCAUUCUGCUACAUGUGUGGACAUACAUGACCCUGGACCACAAAAACAGUCUUAAGUCGCUGGGGUAUAUUUGUAGCAAUAGCCAAAUAUUAUUUUAUG